AUGAGGUCGGCAACCGUUGUUAACCUCCUGGGCGCUGCCGCAGUAAUUGCGCCAUCGGCGUCAACCCAAACCAUCGAAACUCCAAUAGAAGUAAAGCAUGCCAAGAUUCCACGAUAUCCAAAACCUUCCGCUGAAAUCUUUCAGAAGCUUUCCUCCCCGCUCAAAAUCGAGACCUGGGACGGACUGAACUGUCAAGGAGCCGGGGCUGGCUUCACCGUAUUCAACGAUUCUGUUCUUACACUCAAUCUCCCAAAUUUCUUUGUUUCCCGUAGUUUCCGGCUGAGCCGUACCCUUGAGGGCCAGGAGCAACUGGAUAUCUCCGUGGCCUUCAACUAUGCCACCUGGUACUCUAACAAAGAUCAACUGUCUCCGAACAGUUCGGCAUGCACGAACUUUUGGCGCAGCUACUACGCGGUGAACGGGAGCACGGGCUGUCACAAUACAUCGCCCUUUACUUGCCACAGAUUGUGGAACAUCCCAGGCCUAUGGAUAUAA